AUGGAUAACUCGAAUAUUUUUGUGAUAGGAGACAAUCAGGUGAAUGAAGAGAAGCCUCCACCACGAGUGUGUCCAAGGUGUAAUUCAGACAACACUAAGUUCUGCUAUUACAACAACUAUAGCGUAUCUCAACCGCGCUACAUCUGCAAGAACUGUCGCCGACACUGGACUCAUGGUGGAACGUUAAAGGACAUACCAAUUGGUGGACGUAGUCGUAAAACCAAGCGUUCAAAGAUAGAUCAACUUUCUGUUUCUCAGGUAGUUUCUGUUGAGAUCCAACAAAUUAAUCACAACCAACCUUUCUUAAAUGUUAAAGAAACCAACAACUUUGUUGGAACUCUUGGUCCUUCUUCUUCUACUGUUGUUGCUGUUGGGAACCAUUUUGAUUCUUUGCCUGAAAUUCAUGGUGAUAUGGUGCUUCCAAUUCGAAGUGUUCCACCAGUGAAUCAAGAUUAUUAUGAUGUUGGAUCUAAUGCUUUGAUUGGUAAUCCUUGGAUAAAUCAAUCAAUUGAUGGCAAUUUUUACAGUUAUCGUGUAAAUCAAGAGGACCAAUACAAACAGAACCAGAGCUUCAACAAUAAUAUUAUGAACAUGAAUCAUAAUGCUGGCAUUAGUGGAAGUAGAGAAUCAUCGGACUCUGAUCACAUGAACAAGAACAACAACAAAAUUGAAAACAACUGUGUGUCUAGGUCCUCUGACCAUAUGGAGAAGUUUGGUUUUUGA